AGUUUACUUUAACAGUAUUUUUUUUGUUAUCUACCUGCGAAUUAUUUGAUAAGAUUAAAAUGAGUAAAUAGUCUAAUAGAGAUAUUUUGCUUCAGUUAUUUACGUCAAUAAGAUCUUGUUCAACGACGUGAAGUUGUUCUAAGAUGUCUGAAUCUACUGAAGAAGUCUCAGCAUUUGCUAUUUACUCCAAAAAACGUGAAAGCUCUGAUUCAUUAUCUCCAAAAAGUUCCACUAAAAAAAAGAAAGUACAACCUUUAAAUACAUCGACCCCUAAGAAGUUGCAAAGUCCGGAUAAAAAAAUUAUUGAAACGAAAAUAAGUCCUGAUUUAAACAAAAAAGAUGAUAUUAGUGAAAAUAUGAAUACAGUAAAUCCAGUAAAUGAAAGUAAUCAUUUAUUCAAAUGGCUGAUUUAUCCUCUAUCUCCAUCAGAAUUUUUCAUAGAAAAUUGGGAAAGAGCUCCUCUUCAUAUUCAGCGCAAAUCUAGCAAAUAUUACAAAGUUUUAAUGUCAACUCCAAUGAUAGAUGAUAUUCUAAAAAAGUUUAAUAUUCUUUAUACAAAAAAUCUUGAUAUAACAUCAUACUCGAAUGGUGUGAGAGAAACUCAUAAUCCUCCAGGAAGAGCGCAUUCUAGUGUAGUAUGGGAUUAUUAUUCUAAUGGUUGUUCAGUCAGAAUGUUAAAUCCUCAAACAUUCAUUCCAAAAAUUCACACAUUAAAUUCAACACUCCAAGAGUAUUUCAAUUGUUUUGUGGGGGCUAACUUUUACCUUACACCUCCUGGAAGUCAAGGAUUCGCACCGCAUUAUGACGAUAUUGAGGCUUUUAUUCUACAGAUUGAAGGUAAAAAACGUUGGAGAUUAUAUAAGCCACGAAAUGAUGCUGAAUUUUUGCCAAGACUUUCGUCAGAAAAUUUCAAACAGUCUGAAAUUGGUGAACCUAUACUGGACGUUGUUGUUGAAGCUGGCGACCUUUUGUACUUCCCUCGAGGGACAAUCCACCAGGGAGAAACACUGGAAGAUGCUCAUAGUCUUCAUAUAACCCUUAGUGUCUAUCAAAAAAAUUCUUGGGGAGAUUUUCUUGAAAAACUCAUUCCAGCAGCUCUAAAUAAAGCUAUUGCUAAUAAACCUGAUCUAAGACGAGGUCUUCCUUUAAAUUAUUUGAACCACAUAGGUGCAGUUCAUUCAAAGAAGAAAUCAUCGGACUUUCGUAAAAGUUUUCAAGAAAUGACUAAAAAAGUGAUAGAACAAGUUGUAGCAAUGAUUGACAUUGACGCAGCUGCUGAUCAAAUGGCUAAAGAUCAAAUUCAUGAUUAUCUUCCACCAGCAUUAGCACCAGAGGAAUCUCAAUGCUCGGUUCUAGAAAAUGGAGAAAGAAUGGCUAAAGAAGGAAGAGUGGUGGAUAGAGUAGAAAUUGAACCUGAUACUAAAAUAAGAUUAGCAAGAGCACAUUGUGUAAGACUAGUUCAUGAAGAUGAUAAUUCUUAUAAGCUAUAUUAUAGCUGUGAUAAUUCUAAAGAAUAUCAUGAAUAUGACCUGCAAUUUUUAGAAGUUGAAGAUGCUUUUGUGCCAGCGAUAAAAAAAAUUAUUCGUACUUAUCCUAAUUUUAUUAAAGUUGAUGACUUACCGGUCAAUGAAGAAGAUAACAGGGUCCAAAUUGCUCGAGAUCUUUGGGAAAAAUCAAUUGUACUAACGGAUGUGCCAUUAUUAGAAGUUGAAUAGAUAAAUACUCUGUUGAAAAUAAAACAUUAAUAUUGAUUA